AUGGCUUGCAGACAUGCAGGCUCUCACACAGACACGAGCGUCUCGAAGUGCCCUAUGCGCAAGAUGCAGCCAGUUAUCGAGACGACGAUCUCGGAGAUUUACAAGGAAGAGAUCAAAUAUGCCGAUGGUCGAUUGACGCGGGGUGUGAAGGCAUUUGAUGUAGCUACUCUGUUUAAACCCCGGCAUCCUUGA